UCCUUCCUGCUUUGAAAACUUUUACCUGCUGAGUUCUGACGUCGCCGGAGCGGGUUCUGUUCCGAACUUCCCUGAAACGAGCAGCAGAACCGACGGCUCGGUUCUGGUUCCGGAGCCGGCAUGCCGCGGGCCUUUCUGGUGAAGAAGGCGAACUGUUCGCCCAUGAAGCGGAACUGGAGCGAACUCCCGGACCACAAGCGGGGGGACGUCUACAUCCCAGUUUCCAUUUUCCCUCCCGCGGUCCUGACGAUGGAAGCCGAGGCCAGUCCUGCGGAGACUCUUCCCCUCUGCCUCACCAAACGCUCGGUGUUGGACGCUCACGCCGAGCUGCCGUCCAGCACCGUGCUCGGAGAACCCCGCAGCCCGGCCGGUUCGCUGGAGGGGAGGUCGGACAUCAGGAGGAGGUCGCAGGGCGGCUCCUUGUACGUUCGAUCCAAAAUUAAGGUGACGACCGGUGAGUUACCUCCUGAUCCCGCUCCUCUCCUGCAAGCUCCUCCCCCUGUUUCUGACCCCCCACCUUCAGCCGCACCGGCCUCUGUCAUGACGGCUACCACACCGCCGCCCCCCUCGGAGGCGGUCUCCAUGGUAACCACAUCGCCAGGUCAAAGUCAAAGCACGACAACAGCAACAACAGGGGGAUUUGUGUGCCAGAUCUGCCAGAAGACCUUCCAGUUCCAGCGGAUGUUGAACCGACACGUGAAGUGCCACAACGAGACCAAGAGGCAUCUGUGCAGCUUCUGCGGCAAAGGCUUCAACGACACCUUCGACCUCAAGAGACACGUGCGCACACAUACAGGCGUCCGUCCGUACAAGUGCACGCUCUGCGACAAGGCCUUCACCCAGCGCUGCUCCCUGGAGUCCCACAUGAAGAAGAUCCACAGCGUCACGCUCAAGUACGCCUACAAGGAGCGGCGCAACAAGCUGUACGUCUGCGAGGAGUGCGGCCACACGGCGGCCACCCAGGACGAGCUGCUGCUGCACCUGCACACGCUGCACCCCCACAGUCCCCUGCUGAAGGGGAAAGCCGCGAGGAAGGCGGGGGGUGCCGGCGGACUCAUGCCGGGCUCUCCGCAGGAAGGCGACAGCGACGACACCAACGGGUCGAUCGGGCAGUAGAACUUCAGAAUAAACUCUGACGGGACGGACGUCAACUCUUGCACAGCAACGUCAAAUCUACGAUGUUUACUGUAAAUAUGUGGAUAUUUAUGGGUUUCUACUGUAUGACGGAUAUUAAUAAGGCUGACUGCCAUGAGCCAAAACAUUAUGACCCUUUCUGGCGGUGCUCAAACAUCUGUUGUCCUUUAUUGUCGUCUGCAACAGAUGUUGUCAGGUUUUAAAUUUGGAGCCACCUCAAAACAUGAGAUUACUUUUUUUUUUAAAGACAAUUCUUGUUUGAUGAUGUUUUCUUCAGUGCAGUGGUCAUUAUGUUUUGGCUCAUCUUAUGUUUCUUUGUGGGACUGUAUUACCUGUGGGUUUCUCUGUACAGCAGAAUAUAUAUAUAUGUAUAUACAUAUAUAUAUAUAUAUAUGUUUUUCUAUGGAAGUAAUUCAUU